UGGCACAAGUUAACCGGAUACCAUUCAUUUCCGAAGAGGAAAUAACUCGGUAUUUGCCAAAAAUGGCAGCCAACGGAGAAGUGAUCCAACGAUCUUGUGAAACUCCUGGCUGUGACAAAGAUGCCAAGUUGCAAUGUCCAACAUGUAUAAAAUUGUCUAUUCCUGGAUCCUUUUUUUGCACACAGGAUUGUUUUAAGGGAUUUUGGAAUGAACAUAAGAAGAUUCAUAAAAAAGCAAAGGAGGAUUCCACAAAAAACAGUAGUGAAUACAACCCUUGGCCAGGAUUUAAGUUUACAGGUGUUCUACGACCAUACAGAGUGUCUCCAAAACGUAUGGUUCCUGAUACAAUACCUAGACCUGACUAUGCUGAACACCCAGAGGGUAUACCCAUCAGUGAGAGACAAAUGAGGGGAACCACCAACAUUAAGAUUUUGUCAGACGAGGAGCAGGAAGACCUUAGGGUUGCCAGUAAGUUAGGGCGAGAGGUGUUAGAUAUUGCUGCAAACAUGACAGAUGUGGGAGUUACAACAGAGGAAAUCGACAGAAUCGUUCACGAGGCCUGCGUGGACAGACAAUGUUACCCUUCUCCACUUAAUUACUACUGCUUUCCAAAGUCCUGUUGUACGUCAGUGAAUGAAGUGAUCUGUCACGGUAUACCAGACAUGAGGCCACUACAGGACGGUGAUAUAAUGAAUGUGGAUAUUACUGUUUAUCACAGAGGUUGCCAUGGAGACCUGAAUGAAACCUUCUUUGUUGGAAAUGUAGAUGAAAAAAGUAAAAAGUUAGUGAAAACAACCCAUGAAUGUUUAGCCAUGGCAAUAGAAGAAGUGAAGCCAGGCGUUAGGUACAGAGAGAUGGGAAACAUUAUCCAAAAGCAUGCCCAGGCUCAUGGGUUCUCCGUGGUCCGCAGUUACUGUGGGCACGGUAUUCACCAAUUAUUUCACACAGCACCCAGUGUACCACAUUAUGGCAAAAACAAGGCUAUUGGAGUUAUGAAACCUGGGCAUUCCUUCACUAUAGAACCUAUGAUAUCAGAGGGUACCUGGCGAGAUGAGAUGUGGCCAGAUAACUGGACAGCGGUGACUCUAGAUGGCAAGAGGUCAGCUCAAUUUGAACAUACACUGUUAGUGACAGACACUGGAUGUGAAGUGUUAACAAGGAGACGAGAAAAAGAUGGACAGCCUCACUUUAUGGACAAAAUUUGAGUGUGUCCGAAAGCCAUGGAUUCACAAUUUACACAGUGCACUGUAAAGAUUAUGCUGAAAAGAAAAUCUGUAACCUUAAAAUAGCUUCCGGUUUUUAUAUACCCAUCAAUGCUGUUGCUGGGUAUUAUUUUAAAGGAAGUUCAAAGUUACAAGCUUAUAAAGGAAAGUAAAGUUUUAAAUUUAUUCUGUGUUUACUGUCCAUGGUACGAUCUGUUAAAUAUUUCUGGUAUUUAAAUUUUCAUUAUUUCUUAAAUUUAUUAUGUCGGCAUGCUUAAUUGUGAUUAUAAAGUGAAUUUUAAAUUAUCUACAAUACAAAGUCUUAAGAUUUUAAUUAUAAAGGUACACUUUUCACAAAGCUAUUGAUUUCUUACAAUUGCAGUGUAACUGUUAAGGUCAGAUACACGAGCUGCACAAAUAGUACAAGUAAUAUAAUCUUACUUGUACGUUGCCAUGUUCUGGUAGCUCAUUAUUGCUUGGUUAUAAUAGAAUUUUUUUUUUAUUUAUUGUGAUCACAUUGCUACAUCAAAUAAAUAAAACCAGAAUUCAGCUCCA